AUGGAAAGUCGACGUCUUACAAUGUCAAAUCCAUCAGCCGUAUUCUCCAUCAUUGCUCACGAAGCAUUAGAUCAUAUAACUACUGAAAGUGAACAUGACGAUGGAAUAGGUCAUGAAAUCGGACGACAACAUUCUCGACGACGAGUAAAACGUGAAUUUAAUGCGUUACCAGAAAAAGUUUUACUUGCAAUAUUUUCGUAUUUACCACAUAUUGAAUUAUUACGUUGUGCGCGUGUAUGUCGUUUAUGGCGUUCAUUAAGUCAAAAUUCAAAGUUAUGGAAAACAGUUUUUCUUCGACCAGAAUAUCAUGGUUUACAUGUAAGACAUCUUGAUCAAUUUCUUAAUUUAAUUGAUCAUAGAUUUUCAACAUCAUUAAAAUAUAUUGAAUUACCAAUGGAAUUAAUAACAGCAGAUGUUCUACAUGAAUUAGCUAAUAAAUGUGCAAAUUUAAAAUAUUUAACAUUAGAUUUUUCAACAGCAAUGCAAUUACAUGAUUUUAAUGAUCUUAAUGCAUUUCCAUGCAAUCUUAAAAUGUUGUGCAUUUGUUUAUCUGAAGUUAUUUUCCUUGAAGGUUUCAUGAGACGUAUAUAUGCAUUUUUAUCAUCAUUAGAAAUCUUACAAAUUAUUGGUACGAUUGAAAAAUCGAAUGAAGCUGAAGAGGAAGUGUAUGAAACAAUUAAUAUUAGUAAAAUUAAAGCACAAACACCGAAUCUUCGAGUUAUUAAUCUAUAUGGUAUAUUUUUUGUUGAUGAUAAUCAUAUAGAAAUAAUAGCAUCUGGUUGUAUUCAUCUUGAGUGUCUUGCAUUAAAUUAUUGUACACGUGUUAAAGGAUCCAGUUUUAAAACUUUAUUACAACGUUGUAAAAAGUUACAAUGUCUACUUCUUCAAAAUACUGGUAUUGAAGAUAAUGCAAUGUUAACUGCUGAAUGGGAAGCAUCUGUUAUUAAUGAACUUGAUAUAUCAUCAACAGAAUUAACUGAACGUUGUCUUUUAAAUUUAUUUACACGUAUGCCAAAAUUAAAUUAUUUAGCUGUACCAAAUUGUGAUGGUUUUACUGAUCAGGUACUUGAUCUAUUGAUUGAUCAAGGAAAAUUAUCAAAUUUACGAGCUAUCGAUAUAAGUAAUACUGUCAAUCUAAAUUAUGAGGCUCUUUUUGGUUUACUAAAACUUCACGGUCGUCAACUACGUGGUUUAUCAUAUGCUGGUAAUUCAAAAAUAACUGAACAAUUCUGGAUUAAUGCAAUAAAACAUUUAAAAAAUAUUAGAAUUUUGGUAAUUGGUACUUCACAUGGAUGGUUUAAAAAGAUAAAUACACGUAUUCAUAUAGAUCAAAUUUUAGAAGCAUGUGCACAAGAAUGUCAAAAACUUGAACGAUUAGAAAUACAGUGGGAUGAAGAAACACUAAGAUGGAAUGAAAAUAGUUCGAAAUUUAUUGAUCAUAUACGAAUUCGUUGUACAAAACUUCUAUCAUUAGUAUUAGCUGAUGGUGAAUAUUAUGAACUUGUUCGAUCAAAUUUCGAAAGAGCCGAUCGACAACGUGUUGUACGUACAACAACAAGCGAUCAGACUAGUAUCGUUAGUCUACUCAAUUAUUAUAAUGAUUUACGUUUUAAUUAA